UCGCGGCGCGGUCCGACGACCCGUGAUCGUCGAGCGCGUCGACGGAUACGAAGCGAAACGCACCGCGCGAUGACGCGCGAAGACGACGGCGCGCGCGUGACGACGCGCGCGGGCGAGCGCGCGAGCUUGCUCGCGCGCGAAGACGUCGAGCACGGUGUUGACGCCGACGGGGCGGUCGCGAGCUCGAACGCGGGCGCGCGUAAGGCGCUCGUGGGCGCGCUGUUCGGCUUGGCGUUGAUUUGUUUAGGAGCGAGCGUGAACUCGCGCGCGACGGCGUUGCCGUCGCUGGGGAGCGCGCCAAAGUUGACGCUCCCGAUUUACAUCAUGGGCGACGGCAAGAAGGGCUCGGAGGACGCGACGAAAAUCGCGAAGGCGUACGCGUGGUUGAGUGGACUGUUGAAGACCCAAUCGGGGAUGAGCGAACACGAAAUAGGACGCGUCAUCAACUUCCAGCAAGCGACGUUCCCGUCUCGCUGGCCGGAGACGCACGAAGUGGCCGUCGCCGCGACGUCGAGAAUCGAUCCAGACUCCCUGGAAAAGAUUGCUUUCGUCGGCGGCGCGGCGUUCGAUAACCCCGACGACUGCGGACGUGCGUGCGGCUCGCAGUUGAGUCAUCACACCGGUUGUCUGCUCACCCACAUGGCGGUCUGGAACCGCGUCAUCGACUCGGACGACGACACGUUUGUGCUGUGGGAGUCUGACGGCGCCACCUUGAAUGCGGUGCAUCCGCUCGAUUAUCCCAAGCUCCGUGAGCACGUACCGGACGAUUUCGACAUCGUGUGGUUGAAACCGGACGACCAUUCAAACGGUCAGCUCAUCAAGCGCUUCAAAUCCGCGGCGAAAGGCUUGUGGGAUCCGACGAUGGACUCGAGGUUGAUCAACGGAAACGACGUCUAUCUCUACAAGUUCGACAAGGCGUGCAACUGGGCUGGGACGCCUUCUUACAUGAUGUCACGUAAAGGCGCGAAGAAGAUCAUGAAGUUCAUCAAAGAAGCUGAAUUUGCGGACAUGAUUGACGCUUGGCUAUCGAGACAUUGCAUCACACGUUGCGAUGAUCCCAAGGUGUGCCUCAACUUGAACUGCUACAUUGCGGGCAAUCUCAAGGUGCCGAAAGGGGCUCUCGGCGGUUACGUGCCUGAUUGGUACGACGUCGAGGAUGACGAAGACGUUCGCGAAGUCGAUUCGCGCAUCGUGAGUAUGAUGGAUGAUACGAGUAAGUUCAACCAACUCGGCUGCAAGCACAGCAAAUCGUACGAAGGAUUCGUUCCCACGGCUUGGGAAGGCGGGUAUGGCAUCACGGACAACAGCGUCGUGUGCGACUGCUGGCACACGCCCAAAGAUGGUACUUUUGACUUUUGCGACGCCAAGCUCAAGUAUCCAGUCGAAGCACAGAAAGCCCAGCGUGGAGAGGCCACGCUUGGGGGCACGAAUGAGGGCGGAACUCGAGAAACUAUCAUGGGAUCGUACGAACGAGGAUUUCGCGCGCGCAUGGCGCUUCUCGACUGGCCGCUUGGAUCGCAUCAACGACAGGACUGAUUGUAUCACGCUUUUACUCAACAAUACUAGUUCUUUUCUACUCCAUCAUCGCACGUCGGAGCAUCUCUUCUCUUUCAUAAUACCCGAUCGGGAGUUGUGCGUUAGCCGUCGACGUCGUCGCGCCGCCAGGCCCCCCUGGGGCGAUCGCGUCGCGUCGCGUCAGCGUUGGGUUGACGAGUCAUAAAUACACAUACAUCGAUGUAAAAGUAGUAA